AUGCUGACCAGUCUCAUGCAGGAGAGGCUCCGGAGAAAUACUGCAAAUACUGCAACUCUGAUACCCGCAUGCAACCCAAAGCAAGUACCCGCUGCGGACAAAGCAGCAGAACCCGAGAUCGGGAGUUUUGGAUCCCCAGAGGGAGGCACGAAACUUCUGGGACUGAGGCCUACUCGGGAGGGAGCGGGGUGGACGGCCGCUGCCUGUUCUCCCUACCCGGACACCACAAGCCGACCUCAUGUAAUGCCUGUCGGUCCCAUUCCCCUCCCCAUAUCGGGAAGUGUGGAGACCACGAGGCAGGAUGCUCCCGGGGCCAACCUGCUAAGAUGGCGACGGCACGGGGCACAACACCAGCAGCUCCCGCCCUAUGAAGCCCCAGGGGAAACAUACAACCACAAGAUCAGCCCAGCGGUGAGUCCUCUACUAGUCUUUGCCGGGUGA